CUAUUUUUCUGCUGUUUAACCGUUCCGCUCAUUUACCGUCUAUCAAAUAUUACAUAUGUGACUUCUGUGACUAACUCAUAGUCAUUUUUCAUACCUUGCGCUAAAAGCUACGCCAUAUUUAUUUUACGGUCAAGUUACACGAUAACCAAUAAAACAUAGGCGGAUGUUCAACAAGCCGCUUUAUCUACAAACUGCCAUAUCUUGUUUCCGAAAUUAUAUUGCAGUUGUUACGUAAUCAUUACAUAACAAGUGACGAUCUGCUGUGGCAAGUGGCUUGUUGGAAUGGUAUUUUUUCGGCUUGUUGGCUCUUCGGCUUGUUAGCCUACCGCCAAUAUAUCUGUGACUCUAUUACAGUCAGUUUUCAUAUCUCAGAAUUAGUCUGAGAAACGUUUUCUCAGAAGUUAUCUUAGUUAUUUUUUGCAGGAGUCGGGAACCGAGAGAUCAAUCGAACCAAAAAAGAGCAGCAUUACUUCGUUUUUUUCUAUAAAUGUAGUCCUUGCGUCAUUAUGUCGACAUGGUAAUUCUAUAUAUGGAUCAAUGCAAACUACUUUAAUGUUUAAAUUCUGAUAGACUAUUUGUUGUAUACAAUUUUGCACUCAGUUUUAAGCAAUUCAAUCACGUUUUGGUCUGGUCAAAAGUUCAGAAUACUAACAACUGAUUUUAUUUAUUAAGCUUUGAUUUAAACGUCGUGAAAAAAAGAUGGGAGCAGAAAUAAGCUGUGAAGCCCGAGACGGAUUCGAACCGGGUACCAAAGUGAAGAUCAAUUGUGACAAGAAAACUUUGAAAAGCGUGCACUUGGCUGCCAACCGCUGGGACUCUGAAUUGAAGGAGUUGAUCGGCAAACAGCUGAAACUCAAAGGUUUCGAUCGGGAUGGGGAUGCCAUGGUUGAGUGCAACAACAGACGGGCCGUUUUGAAACCCUUAGUUUUGUCGACUAUCCCAGAUGAUGAAGUAAUUCCAGAGAAGGGAGACAACGCCCGACUACUCAGUUCAGAAGCUUUUGCAGAUCACCCUGAGGUUUCUGACAUGGUCGGUGUGGUGUUUGAAAUUGUAACUGACGACAAUGUCAUAACUUGCAAAGUUGCAUUCAGUGACACUGCUGGAUCAGAAGCGAAAGUCGCCGAGAUACAACGAGAGCAUCUCAAAUGGGUGAAAUGUGACGUAAUCGGAGCAGGCGAUGACGUCAUAGUCGUGAACUGUGAGGAGGCCGUGAAGACACUGCAAGAGGGACACGGGGAGUACCAUGAAGCCAUGAAGCACUGUCUGGGCAAGAAAGGCAUAGUGAAGAAAUUCAACGACAGGGCAGACGCAGUCGUUCUCUUCGACUCAGUUUCCGAGCUCGGAGCUACUGGCGCAGCCUUAAUUCUUAACACUUCCCUUCUGCGCAAUGUUUCGCCCCCCGAUAUCCAUUUCGCCGUGGGGGACAAGAUCAAAGUGACAAGCAAUGCCAAAAAGUUCAAGAGAAUUCAAAAGCACAGAGUUCAAAACUGGAAAGACGCCUUCAAGCGACUCGCUGGUCGUUCGGCUACUGUCGUUGAUGAUUCCCUCACUUCUGGCAAAAUAGGGGUGAAGUUUGUUGGAAUCGACGAGGUGGUGACAACAAGCAAAAAGGUCAUUGACCGAAAUGAAGAGGAAGAAUUUUUUGAGGGCGAGCGAGUGGUGUGUCUGCUCUCCAGUGAUCAGCUGGAAAAUUUGUUGAAAGACGAGACGUACAAAGCGUACCAAAAUGAGGAAGGAACUAUCGUGUCACUUCGAAAUGACUCACCACAAGCGAGAGUUGCCGAAGUCGCAUUGGACAAUGGCACCAAAUUCACAUUCCCAACUAGCCUGAUUUUGUCUUGUGUGCUGCCUGAUCCCGACAGUGACGACUCGGACUCGACACCCAGCGCGAUACCAGAGUACACGUUCUUGGGUUCUUGUCGUGGCCUAUCUGUGGGUGACAGGGUCUCAACUGACAUGGAGAAGGCUGAGUUCAAUCGGGUACAGCAGAUCAAAGGUGGGGAGCGCAACGAGCACUUAUUCGAAGCUGUGAAAGAAGGCCGGGCGGUCGUGAAAGGACUCACAACUAAAGGAAAAGUGAUUUUGAUGAGCGAACCAAACGAGCCUGGACAACUGGCUCAUUAUAUCGGGAAAGUUAGCCGCAGUGGCCUUGAAAAAGAUGAAAGAAAAGCUGAGAACGAAUGGUUGUUCGUCGGGGAUACAGUCAAAAUUGCCGCGUCAACAAAUGAGACAGAGGUAGCGGAUAGAACUGGAAAAAUAGUUUCUAAAAGCACGGGAGACGAGUUUUUUGUCUGUCUGGGGGAGAAUGAGGAUCCGAAAUCUUGUUGCAGAAACGAAGUUUCGAGGAUACAACAUGACGUGGAGCUUACAGUUGGUGACGAAGUGAGUUUGAGUCCAGACGCGAGGGUGGUUGCAGCGCUUCUUAACCGAGAUGGUCUGGCGGUGCCUCGUGAUCUUUCUACACUGUCUGGUCUCUUUGGCUUCGUUGAGGAUAUCACCGAAAAAGGAUUCCUCAGUGUCAAGUUUGAAGACUACGAGGAAAAUAAUUUCGAGAACGCUGCCGAACCAAUUCUUCUAAGCCACGAUGCCGUAUUCAAAACGAAACCGACCCAAUUCUACAAAGUGGGAGACAAAGUCAAACUUAUCGAUCACGUCAGUCGAAUCAAGUCGAAUCAGAAGAACCAUGGCGAGUGGUCGCCUAGGAUACAAGAAGGCUUCGGUAAAGUGGGUUCGGUGGUUCAAGUGAUUGACAGCUACGGGACCGGCAGAAAAGGCGACGUCCGUGUGAAGUUCGCGGAUUCGGGUAAAGUGAUUGAUCUGAUUCUUAACCCGAGAAGUCUGGUUGAGUUCGUGGACGAGUUUAAACGAGGCGAUAAAGUAGUGUGUGCUUUGACCUAUGACAAAAUGAAAAGUCAGCUGCCUGAUAAUUAUCACAUGGAAGGUCUACAUCAUCUCAGAAUUAAACACAUGUCGAUGGGUGUAGUGACAAGAGUGCACGGGAGCGGAGUGGAAGCAGUCAUUUCUGUGGUGUACGGAAUGAACAUCGAGAUCAAAUUCAUCGCCAAGAACAUCCUCAAGAUUCCCUCCGGCCCGGAGAGUUCAAAACCUGACGACGAUUCAGACUCGGGGGACGACGAGCAUGACUACAUUUUCCUCACUUCUCAUCGCGAACUGAGUGUUGGAGAUCAAGUUUGCACGAAGUUGAGCAAAGAUAAGUUCAUGGAAUUUCAAAAAAAGAAGAAGCUAGACGAGGAAGAUGCUCUAUUUGAAGCUCUGGAAACAUCGGGAGAAGUAGCAGGAUUUUCGACCAAAAAUUUCGUAUUGGUUGCAACUUCUGGCAAAGACGACACUGAUGCAGAUACUUACUGGAAAGUGUCCAGGAAGGUUCUAGAACAUUCCCAGAAUGACGCCUUCCAAAUCGGCGAUGUGGUCAUGGUCGGCGAAGAACCAGCGAAUGACAGAGCUAACGGUGACGGCGCUCAACAUGCAGACGCUUCUAAGAAGGCGGUAAUUUUGUCCCAAGUGUCACCUGACAACCACAAACUUCUAGUUGCAAUUGUGGGCGACGAUGAAAACCACGAAUGGACAGAAGUCAGUGUUUCGGUCGAGCAGCUUAAAAGAUAUUCGGGUGCGCACCAACUAACUGUUGGAGACGAGGUCAUUAUAUAUGCACGCAUGGAUCUCGUAGAGAAACUUCAACUGAGAGCUGGUCUCAAAUUUGAACCCGAAAUUGAGAACUUAUUCGGCAAAGUUGGAUACGUUAAUGACAUCACUACCAGAGGUCAACUCAGCAUCGUCUUUGAAGGUCGAUCAGAUCCAAUCACUGUCAACACAAAACUUGUCCGAAAAGCUACGCCGACAAUUUAUUUCGGAGUCGGCGACAAGGUUAAGCUGAUCCCGGAUGAGUCCCGUCUUAGAUCGAACCAGAAAAACCACGGCGAGUGGGUUGAUCCGAUCAAAGAGUCCAUUGGUCUUGUCGGGUCGGUCUUUUACGUAAUCAAUAAUCCGAGCACAGGUCGAGUCAAAGACGUAAAAGUGAAGUUUGCGAGCUCUGGUCGAGUUAUUCCGGUGAUUUUGAACACUCGAAGUCUGGUCGGCGUUUCAGAGGUGUUUGCAAGGGGUGAUAAAAUUGUGUGUGCUUUGACCUUCGAUGAUUUGAGCUCGGUGCUACCCGCGGAUCAUCAGAUGAACGGUUUGAUGCAUCUGAGAAAUAAACAUAUGCAGGCUGGCAAAGUAGUUAAAGUGAGAGGAAUCGAAAAUGACGCUUUGGUUACUGUACGAUACCCGCCCGAAGGCAUUGAAAUCACUUACAUAGCGAAAUUCGUCCUUAAAGUUCCAGAAUCAGAAGCAUCCGGCCAUCUGGGUUCUGGGUUUUCUAAACUUUUUUCCGGAUUACCGCCAGACUUUACCUCGCUUAUGGACCGAUUCAGCGAAGAAUUUGCUCGAGACUUGGCUGCUUCAGUCGAAAACCGAAGACAAACUAGUCGUUCAUCGUCAUCGUCGUCGUCAAGUGAUUCUAAAUCUGAAGACGAGAAACGAGAUGAAUCCAGUGUGACUACCGAAGGAGUUCCCGGAGACCAAGCGGGAACUUUGACGGCGACAGCAUCUAACGACUCGGAAGCCUUAACAGUAGCUGAAGAAGAGCCUAAACAAUCUUCUGAUGCAUCUAUGGCCCCACCUAUAGCCAACAGGGCCAUAAGCAUGACCCCUAAAACGGUCUCGUGUGUGCUGUGUUACAACUCAGACUCGCUUGUUGCUCUGAAAUGUGGACACGUUUUGUGUGAGAAUUGUGCGAAUGAGUUGCUGACCAAUCAGAAUUUGACUGGAUACCGCAAAUGUCCGAUGGACAGAAAAAAAUUCAGAAAGUUCAUCAAAUUGUUUCUAUAAGUAAAGAUUGAAAACUGAGAUUAUUCUCAACAAAUAUGACGAAUUGCUAACUUUUAUA